UUAUGAAAGACGAGAACGCUACCAAAGCUGAGGAAGAAGAGGUAAGGGAGGAGAAGGAAGAGAAGGAAGAGAAGAUGGAGGAGGAAGAGGAAGCAAAUGUACCAAAACGAGCGAAACUAAACAUCGUAGACAAAGGUCUGAUCAACAACCUACCAUCAGCUAAAAGCUACGAAAUCUCCUACAUGCACAGGGACGUUAUAGACUUUGUCAUAGCAACGCCCACCAACUUCCUAAUCACCGCCUCAGUAGACGGUCAUGUAAAGUUCUGGAAGAAGGAAGAUGAGGGUAUAGAGUUUGUAAAACAUUUCCGCGCCCAUCUCUCUGCAGUCGUAGGGUUAUGCGGCUCGUAUGAUGGCCUCUACGCUGCCACCACUUCCACUGACAAAGCCCUGAAAAUAUUUGAUGUUAAGAAUUUUGAUAUGCUGACCAUGAUGACUCUAGGUUAUGUCCCUGGAGUUAUAAGCUUUAUCUACUGCUACGACAGGAAGCAACAUCUCAUAGCUUGUGCUAAAGAGAGCGAGAUUAUCGUGUAUGAUUACCUUACUACAGAGGUUAUUUCGACUGUAACUAUACACAUGUCCACAGUGAAGUGUAUUGUGUAUUCCAAUAUACACAGACUGGUAUUAAGUGUGGAUGAUAAAGGGAUUAUAGAAUAUUGGUCCUCGGACACUUUCAAGUUUGAGCCAAAAUCUGCCACUGGACAGGCUCUGUUCCAGUAUAAAACUGACACAGAUCUUUUUACAUUCCUGCAGCACAAGUGUACUGUGCUGAACAUUACCAUUUCCAUGGACGGCAAGUACUUUGCCACGUUUUCAACCGACCGGAAAAUCAGGGUUUUCAAUCUGACGACUGCAAAGUUAUUCAGGGUUUAUGACGAAUCCUUGUCAGUGGCUACCCAAGUUCAGCAGGAGCAACAUCUCAUCCCCUCCAUAGAUUUUGGUCGGAGGCUGGCUCAGGAGCGGGAUUUGGAGAAAGUUGGCCAGUUCCGGUUUUCUGGUGUGAUAUUUGAUGAUUCCUCGUCCAUGAUAAUAUAUCCUACAUUACUGGGGAUCAAGAUAACACAUCUACAGAUGAACAAGUGUGUUAGGAUGCUCGGUGUUAUGGAAAAUGUCAGGUUUCUGUCCCUGACUCUCUCACAUCCCGUCACGAAGAAGCAGGGCCUAGAACUUUCUGUGGUGAACCCCAACAUGAAGGUGCUCCAGCAGGAUCCUACCAUCUUCUGUACCGGGCACAAGAAGAGCAGAUUUUACUUGUUUACUCUCCGUGAACCUGACCAGACCAACCUGGACAGUGAUAGAGAUAUCCUGAAUGAGCGACCGACACGUGAGGACAUCAUCGCUGCUCAAACUGACGAGAAAGCCAAACUGGCGUCCUCCACAAUCCUCCACACAAACCUGGGCGAUAUUCACCUCAGAUUAUUCUCAGCGGAGUGCCCACGAACUGUUGAGAACUUUACGACGCACGCUAAAAACAAUUACUACAAUGGUAUUAUAUUCCACAGGGUCAUCAAACAGUUCAUGGUACAAUCCGGUGAUCCACUAGGUGAUGGUACGGGUGGGGAGUCAAUUUGGGGUUCAGACUUUGAGGACGAAUUUCACCGGAACCUCAAACACGAUAGACCCUACACGGUGUCCAUGGCCAACCGGGGCCCCAACACAAACGGUAGUCAGUUCUUUAUAACCCUGAUACCUACCCCUUGGUUAGACAAUAAACACACUGUGUUUGGAAGAGUUGUUAAGGGUAUGGACGUGAUCGAUAAAAUGGGAGCCGCUAAAACGCACCCUAAAACUGAUAUGCCCUAUGAUCCUAUGAAGAUUAUGAGUAUUACAGUGAAAUAGAUUAAUUGAUUGUCACGUGAUGAGUUGUUUUACAAUGCCUGUCAGUGCUUUUUAACUGUACUUUUUAACAUUUAUUAUUUAUAUUUAUUAUUUUGGUUCAAAAUUUUAAAUGAGCAUCUAUUUAUA